AUGGCAUCGAAACGAGCCAACGCCGGCGACGAGCAGCAGAAGCUGUCGCCUUCUGGGCUCCCGGUCCGCGAGAUCCCGGGAAGCUACGGCGUGCCCUUCUUCUCGCCGCUGCGCGACCGCCUGGACUACUUCUACUUCCAGGGCGCGGAGGAGUACUUCCGCUCUCGCAUCGCCAAGCACGGCGGUGCCACCGUGUUGCGCGUCAACAUGCCGCCGGGCCCGCUCCUCUCGGGCGACCCCCGCGUCGUCGCCGUCCUCGACGCGCGCAGCUUCCGCGUCCUCCUCGACGACUCCCGCGUCGACAAGGACGGCACGCUCGACGGCACCUACAUGCCCUCACUCGCGCUCUUCGGCGGCCACCGCCCGCUCGCGUUCCUCGACGGCGCCGACCCGCGCCACGCCGCGCUCAAGCGCGUCGUGAUCCGCCUCGCGGCCGAGCGGAUGCACCACGUCGCGCCGGCGUUCGCCGCCGCCUUCACCGCCACGUUCGACGCCGUCGAAGCCGAACUCGCGGGGGCGAGCGCCGCCGCCUCGGGCGUGGAGUUCAACAAGCACAACAUGCGGCACAUGCUGGACUUCACCUGCGCCGCGCUGUUCGGCGGGAGGCCGCCGAGCAAGGCCAUCGGCGACGGCGCCGCGGCGAAGGCGUACAAGUGGCUCGCCUUCCAGCUCCACCCGCUCGCGAGCAAGGCCAUCAGGCCGUGGCUGCUGGAGGACCUCCUCCUCCACACCUUCCGCCUCCCGCCCUUCCUGGUGCGCCGCGACUACGCCGACCUGACGGCCUACUUCGCCGACGUCGCGGCGGGCGUCCUCGACGACGCCGAGAAGAAUGCCGACCCGGGCGGCGCCGCCGUCCCGCGCGACGAGCUCCUCCACAACCUCAUCUUCCUCGCCAUCUUCAACGCCUACGGCGGGUACAAGAUCUUCCUGCCGCACGUCGUCAAGUGGCUCGCGCGCUGCGGGCCGGAGCUGCACGCCAGGCUCGCCACCGAGGUCCGCGCCGUCGUCCCACCGCCGGGCACGACGAUCACCCUGUCGGACGUGGAGAAGAUGCCGCUGGUGAAGUCGUUCGUGUGGGAGACGCUGCGCAUGAACCCACCGGUGGAGUUCCAGUACGGGCGCGCGCGGCGGGACACGGUGGUGGAGAGCCACGACGCGGCGUACGAGGUGAAGAAGGGCGAGAUGGUGUUCGGGUACCAGCCGCUGGCGACGCGCGACGAGCGCGUGUUCCAGCGCGGCCGCGAGUUCGUCCCCGACAGGUUCGCUGUAUGUUCUGACGACGAUGAGCGGCGGCGGAUGCUGGAGCACGUGGUGUGGUCGAACGGGCCGGAGACCGGCGCGGCCGCGGAGGGGAACAAGCAGUGCCCCGGGAAAGACGCGGUGGUGGCGGUGGGGCGGCUGAUGGUGGCGGAGCUGUUCCGUCGGUACGACACGUUUGUCGCCAGCGUCGAGGAGAGCCCCGUGGAGCCCGUGGUCACGUUCACUUCGCUGACGAGGGCGGCUUCCUCCGCCGUGGGCCAUGGCAGCGUCGUCAAGCCCUGA